ACGGCACAAAGCCCUUUCACCUGCCAGGAGCUAUCACUGGACAAGGCAACACUGGAUCGUUUUUGACCCUGAAAAUGAACUUUAGGAGGAUUUUCCUAAUCAAGUGCUUGCUGCUUUUGUUUCCCAGUGUAAAAUGCUCCAGCACCAGCUGGAUUUACAAGGCAGUGAAUGAGACAGCUCUUCUCAGCAUUGCUGCUCCUGGGAGCAUCUACGAGGCCACAUGGAAGAAAGGGACACAAAGGCUGGUCCAGAUCAGAGACAACAAAGCCAAGCACUUUGUGAACAAGGAGCAGUGCAGGUGUGCCAUUCUCCGCAAUGGGACCCUGGAAAUCCAGCGCCUGGAGAAGGAGGACAGUGGGAACUACACGGUGCAGGCUUAUCAGAAGGAUGGACAGCUGAAGGCAGAAGAAAGUACGAUGUUAUUAGUUCAGGAACCUGUCCCUCAGCCAAUCCUCAUGGCUGAAUGCAGGAAUAAAAGUGUGUCUGUCAAGUGUGAAGCAAAAGGGAAGGCCAAGGAUGAAGUAUUUUUAAUAGAACUGACCCAACCCAAUGGCAAAAAAAUCCAAAAGAACGCAACAGUGCUGGAAUGGCACAGGUGGAAUUCUGGGACGUUCCGAUGCGUUGUUAAGAACAAAGUCAGUGAAAAAAUGGCUGAAAAAGCAAUUAACUGCUCAGAACUUGAACCCAUCAGGGAGCAAUCAAAAUUCUCAACAAUGAGGAACAGCAACUUUCUGCUGUCAGCAAGCAAGAUGGACUUUUAUCUCAUCUUGAGCAUAGCAGGAGGUGCAGUCUUCUUUGUCAUCUUUGUGAUUUGCAUUAUUUAUUGUAUCAGAAGGAGGAAAACGAAAAGGAAUGAAAUUCAUGGGGAGGAGCGAGUGAUGCAGACCCUGCCCGUGUACCAUGAGAUGGCGACUAUGCGGGAGCUGCCCCAGGCUCCGUCCAAGCCCACCCCGAGGCAGCAGCGAGUGCAGCAGCGGCCGCUGCCCCCGCAGCCCCAGGAGCCACAGCAGCCCCGGCCCCAGCCCCGGCCCCGCACCCAGCCACGGACCCCGAACCCCCCCAGACACAGGCCCUGAGCGCACAGCCUGGCGUGUAGCAGGCCCAGAGCCUGCAAGACUUCCCUGGUGUUCAGCAGCCUAAGAUGGGAAAUGCCAACUCAUGGUGACUGGACUGGAAGCCCCUCUCUUCUGCCUUUGGACCCCUGCUUAUCUCUCUGUAAGACUACAGGUCACUUUCCUUUAACCCUUGCUACUGGGCAAUUUCCAAAACCCCUGAACCCUACAUAAAGAGCUGCUUUUGCCCAGCUCGGGCAGAAGAGAACCUGGGAACCUUCACAGAAGAACCUUCUGUCACUGGGAACCUUCGCAGAUGAAUUAAUAAAGACAUUGCUGUGGAACCCCACACAGAUUUCCAGAUUUCUCCUCUCUUUCCCUGCAUCUGCCUGCCUAGGCACCUAGUAAGAUAAGAGCUGAUAUCACAAUGAGCUGAUCAUCACUAAAGAGCUGAUAUCACAACCUUGCUAAGGUUGCCUGCAGCUAAGAACUGCUUGGACAGCUGUGCUGAACAGGUCAGAGCUAUCUGGACCCUGUUGUAGCCUGCUGGGGACAGCCUGAAUCCCAGAAAAGGCCACAUUUCUGGCACGAGGGAUGUUGGUCUCUCUGCUCCACCACUCUCUGGGAAAAGAAAGUUUGUGACAGCCAGGAGCCCCUCCUGCUCAGCCCUGUGUAACACUCAGCUGUGAAAAGGCAGCUUUCCUUGCAGAGAAUCAGCAUCAAAUGGAGACCAGGAGACUCAAGGUGAUGGGCAUUCAUCCCUGUGGCCAUUUUUUCAUCAUGUUAGGAUACAGAUAUGGGGCACUGAAACCUGUGUCUUUCUGUGGUUCACUUGCUUUUACUGCGCCUUCUUGUUUUCUUGGAUGAUAUUCACCAAGAAGAAGCUAAAGCCCUACUUGGACAAAACAGACCUAUGGAUCUUACAGGGUUCCAUCUCCUGCUACACAUUAGGACAGCUCUCUGGCUUCAGCAUCAAAUACAUGGACUCCUGGACCAAAAAUGAGUUGUAUAUAAUUAAAUAUUUGUCUGAAGUUGAAAGGAUUUGUGUCGUACAAUGCAGAGAAGAAAAUAUUGAAAGCACCUUGAAGGACCUCUGUCGGAAAAACACAAAUGGGAAAGGAAGAACUUUUCCCUUUUCUCCCUUUCUCCACUUUAGAAAAGAAACUGUAGGCUUGAAUUGCAGCAAGGGAGAGUUAGGUCAGUAUUUUAUUUUUCUUUUUAAUGAAACACUGAGAGAAAUUUCUGAGAGAGGUUCUCCAGCACCGGGGUUUCAAAGGGUGGAUGAGACAACAUUCUGUGAAGCCUUUGUGCUCUGACAAGGGCCAGGAGAAUGUGCUACACAGCCUCUUCAGGGACAGUUUCAACUCAGUUUUCUUUAGGCAAAUAAAACAAACCUUUAUUCUCAUAAUAAGUCUGUGGGGCUAUCCAGACAAUUUUUGUUUUGCCUAGAAGAGGUCUGGUCUCCUUUGGCGCAUGAAACAGAGCAUUAUAAACGGUCAACCAGCAGGAUUGCUGGUGGCACUGUCUGAAUUCUCAGGGAUUCACAUGCCAGGGACUGUGUUUCUUGAUUUUGCUGGCAACACCUCAGGUAUAACGAGGGGAUGAUGGAGAGCUGCUGAGAGAUCUGCAUCCCCAAGGGAGAAGCUGGACUGCAAAAAGUGCACCUGCAUUACCUUCCAUGUGGAGGUGUCCAUAGCUGCCUCUCAGGACAGCUGAGGAGCUGAGAGCACAGGCCAGUUUUAGAGCAGUGUCUGCAUGGGUACACUGACCAAUUUAAGGUAAAAAGCAAGGCAAGUGAAGGAGGAGAAAGCUACAAGAGCCACAGAACACAAGACAACCAGCCAGCUAGCUGAUGUGUCAGGCAGAAGAACACCCAAUGCCUCUUCCAGGCUGGCCCAUUCCACAUGUGCCAGGGCAGAUAAAACAGCCAUGCUUGUUUCUCCUGAGAAAUAUGACUAUUUUUAUCUUCUGGGGUAAGGGCAAGGAGGCAACUUGUUAGGAAAAGAAAGCUUCUACCUCCUCCAGAGCUCAGUCACUUCACUUGAACUCUGACAGCAGGAAUAGUCCUGGGAGUGCCACUUGCUCUCUUGCCUUAGCUUUCUGCAGCUGAUUCUUGGGCUUUUGCUAUUUAAAAUUGCAUUUGGUAAGUGUUUCAUGGUUUAUUUUGUAACAUACCAUAUGUUAUAUCCCUGAACUGAACAAAUAAA